UGAUUUUGGUGUCACUGAUGCCUUAUUUUGAAGUUUGACUUUAGUUUUAUAGUGUAUAUAUGUUUUGUGGCUUUAAAUAAACAAUAUUGUGUACGAAGCAGAGGUAAACAAGUAAAAUAAAGUUUUAAAAUGCCCAAACCUAACACCAAUAACUUGUUAGAAAAAUGUCGUGUAUGCCUUACAAAAGGGGAAGUUAUGUUUCCACUUUUUCUAAUAUCACAUAAAGAUAAAUCCAUUGCAGACUUGAUUUAUCAUCUAGCCUGCAUAGAGAUAACCUGGAGUGCUGAUCUACCAGAAAACGUUUGUGAAAAAUGUAAAACAACUGUAAUAGAAUUUGAUACGCUGAUAUUGAGUCUCAGAAGAAACACAGAUUAUCUACAACAUAUCUUGAACAGGUGUAAAGCAACAUCCACAAGUGCUAGCCAGGAAGAUAUGCUUUUGAGGAAAGAGCCUGUAUCUGAAGAUAUUUCAGUUAAUACUGUAAAACCUAAAAAACAUACUACCUCAGUUGUAGAGUGUGGGGAAUAUCAUGAACCUUGGACUAAAAAUGUUAUUAUAGAACAGAACCAAUAUCAAGAUAAUGAUGUAUAUUCUAGUGAUGAACCUGACUGUGAUUAUGAAGAUAGUAUAGGUUUCCCAGAGGAUUCUAAAAGCAAUAAUUUAAAGAAGUAUAAGUGUAAAUAUUGUGAAGAUUCCUAUGAUGAUAAGGCAUCCCUCAAAAACCAUACUGAGAUCCACAGAACAUUUGUUUGUGAUCAAUGUGGAAAAUCCUUUUUCAGGAAAGAUUAUCUUCUUGACCACAAGUUUACACAUACAUCCGAAAAACGAUUUUCCUGUAAGAAGUGUGGAAAGCAGUUCAAGUAUAGGAGUGGCCUACGAGUGCAUGAAACAGUCCAUGUAAACUAUAGAGGAUUUGUUUGUGAUGUUUGUGCUGCAAGUUUUAACACAAAGACUACCCUCAAUACCCAUAUCCUUCUCAAACACAAAAAUGAAAAGAAAUUUGAAUGUGCAGAGUGUCACUUAUCUUUUAAGUUGAAUUCAUGGUUAAGGAAACAUUUUAUGAGGAAACAUAGUGGCAGUAGGACCAAAGACUUUGUAUGUUCAUUUUGUGGAGUGUCGUACUUGAACAAGACUACUUUGACAAGGCAUGUUGAGGAAAAACAUAGUGGGCCACAGAGAAGAUACCCUUGUACUGCAUGUGAUAAAACCUAUGCAUCAACUACGAAGUUGAAUCUUCAUAUGAAGAAAAUUCAUUUUAUUGAACAGUAACAUUAAAUGAAGAAAAUAUACUUGCUUUGGAUACUGUAACUCCUUCGUAACUGGGACCUCGAGUAACGAUGAGAUGCCCUCGCAAUAUCAGCGCUUAGGCAAUCAGAGUUUCGCUACCGAACAUCAAGAGCGGUAGAGUUUGCGGCAAGAUGUGGCGACAUCGGGAGCCUUUGAGAAGGAUUGAUCGACAUUGUAUAGAACCUCGGUAAAGCGCAGGAAUGCUCUGGAACUCGUCAAUUUCAAAUAAAUACCCAGGCGGCCUCUACCAGAGGGACAAUCAGUGGACAGACAGCGGGUGAUGAGUCAGCAGCACAGACUAGUCGACAUAGUCAUAAAUUUGUCGUAAAUUAGUUACAAGGGUUGUUAUAAAUUAGUGUGGAAGUAAUAAAUUGGACCUAAAACCACUAAACAGUAAAACGGUGUUUUCCUUACAGUACCAUCCUCCG